CAAAUUUGCCUCAUCGAUUCCUAUUUUCAUCCUUCUGUAAUUUGACAUUUCUUUUAAAAUGUCAGCGAAUUCAUCGAUAAAAAAUAAAUAAACUUCAUCCCAUCAUCCAGUCAGUGACUCGUAAAUAAUAGAAAAAAUAGAAACGCGACGGUCUAUACAAAAUGAGACAAGUAUUCAUAUAUAUUCUUGAUAUACCGUAAUGAGAGGAGAGAGGGAAUUCGCAGCGUUGUAAAUUUAAAUUUGGAAGCAGACGUGUGCUUUCGAUCACAAGCACAUACCUAUUGUAAAAAAAGGUUUCACUUUGGUUGUGGUGCAGGCGCACUUGACGUUCAACAGCUCUGUGGGCUAUUUUCAUAUUCUGGGUAACGUCUCUCCUACAUCUACCCUGACAUUGGGAAAAACAAUUCGGGGGAUUAAGUUAUUUCUUUUAAUUCAGUGACUCAAUCACAGCCUCGACAUGGGCAUCUUGAUCUCCAGAUUUCGGAAAAAGAAAACGACGAUCGAGGUUCUGGAGGAUCUAGACUCGAAAAUCAAGGAAAUUCAACAAUAUGGACAGACGACAGAGCAGAGACACAAGAAAAUCGUGGGGACUCUGAUAAUUUACAGUGUUAUACUCUACGUGGUGACAGCUAUUCUCUUUUACUUCUACUUUUUCCCUGCAGCCUUAUACGACCAGCUGUUCUACAUCAUUCCACUCCUGAUUUUUCCGCUGCUCAUCGUCUUCACCAAAAAACUGGUGACAUGGUACUACAAACGAAAGAUAUCAAGAAAUCAAGAGAAGCUCUCGACAAUGCAGGAGCAGAAGAAGAAAAUUCUGGAGGAUGUGACAGAGACAGAGACCUACAAGAAAGCGAAGGAGAUUCUAUUGAAAUUCGCUCCAGAUCAGCUGAGAAUGACACCACUCACACCUCAGCCGGCUUCAAAGGUAAUUGUGAGUCCCGCGUCGACACCGAGACGUCCUAGCACCCCUCAGGCAGUAGUUCAACCCCUGCCAGGUGGUGGUGAGCUCAGAAGACGUGCCCUAACGUUAUCAAGUCCUCAAGAAAAUUCCUCAGUAGGUAGGAGCUUUUCUGGUUCUAUUCCAAUUGGAGUGGCGCCUGUUGGUACCCCGCCUGUCUCCUCUCUACCGAGUAGACCACACAACUCGGCGAUAAUGGGCCCUCGCUCUCCAUUGCCACGUCCCAUUCUCCCUCAACAGAGAAGUUACUUGGAUCGUCUGGUGGAAUAUCUAGUCGGUGACGGCCCCUCAAAUCGUUAUGCACUCAUCUGCCAUCAGUGUGACUCCCACAAUGGCAUGGCGCUCAAAGAGGAAUUCGAGUACUUUGGGUUCAGAUGCUGCUACUGUAAUUAUUGGAAUCCAGCUCGCAAACAAAAGCCAUCAGCUCCAAAAUUGGAGAUUGACGUUAUAUCACCAUUAUCAGCUGGACUUAAUGCCAACAGACAGAACGAUGUCGAGGUGUCCAGCUCAUCAGGCACGGAUUCCGAUAUCGAGGUAGUAGAGAAGCCUGAAACUCCUGACAUUACCGAGGAAAAAGUGGAAAAAAUGGAGGAGAAAGUAUCUCAUGAAAAUGAUAAACCGACAACCGAGGAAGACACUCCUAAUGCAGAGGAGGAGAGCAAGGAAGAAAAAAGGAUUGAUGAAGGGCAGAGUGAGCAGAUGGAAGUGGAUGACUCCACACGAGAAUAAUUCACAUCGACUGGAAAUGAAAAAGCCCCAAAAUGAGAAGCAAUUAGAAACAUUACCACAAGUGGCUUUGCGUAAAUAUUAAGUCAACUCAUGUCACUUUCAUCAGAGAAAUUUAAUAUCUCAUUUAAUUAUUCACGGAAGAAUUCGAAAUCACGAAAUAAUCCAUUCCACUUCGUGUUCAAUCUCCUAGUGCUACAUCAAUGAGAAAAAAUAAAUAAGUGGCACUGGGUCAGAUGAUUCGUCAUCGUAAUAAUCACACGCUCAUCGCAGAGUACCACACAAAUGUUAAUCAUCUAGACUUAAAGUUACUGUUGAAUAUUUUCUUGGAUUGUUUUGAGGGUUUUUUUAAAUUCUAUGAGCUGUGAUCAAAUUCGUAAACCCUAGUUCUGUUACCAAACGAAACGAUAAGGUGAUAAAAUCAAAAUCACAUACUUAAUCUUCUCGUUUGGCUUGAUAGCAAAAUGACUAUUGAGACUGUGUCCAUCUUGUCAAUAACGGUGCGCUCAUAACAGUUUCGCGAUUAAUGACCUCUCCUGCUAAUUCACCCCACUCAAUUAAAACGAUAAUAGUCGUUACAAUCAUCUCCACUGUACAUAAAUUAUUGAACCUCGAUUUUGCAGUUUUCCAAAUGCUCGAGUUAAUGAAUUAUUUAUAAUAUAAAACUGUUAACAUUGGAAUAUUUAAAAACACAUGAGGAAUGUCGAAAUGAAUGAAUUUCAUGUACAAAGCGUUAAUCAGUAACUUGUGAAUUAUGGAGUCAUAUGGUAGUCACUCAUUCGUACUAUUUUCACGAUUUAAUUCUCAAUUCUUUGAUUUUUCUUUGAUGAAUCAUUGGUUAUAUGUGAGUCCCUGUGUUAUCAUCGGUUUUUGCUACGUUUCAUUAAUCAAUUAGAAUUAGUCAUAAUUUAUAUUUGUCAUAAUUGUCAUCUUUCUUUUUUCUAUUUGUAUCCAUAAAGAGUGAUUCAGAAAUAUGAUAAAAUAUAGUUUUUAGUAAAAAUUGAAAACAAUAUUGAAUACCCGUUUAUCAGCAAAU